AUGUCAUCAACGUGUGGUCAGUCAACUUGUUGUCUGUCAACGUGUGGUCAGUCAACGUGUGGUCAGUCAACGUGUGGUCAGUCAACUUGUUGUCUGUCAACGUGUGGUCAGUCAACUCAACUUGUCAGUCAACGUGUGGUCAGUCAACGUGUGUCAACGUGUGGUCAGUCAACUUGUGGUCAGUCAACUUGUCAGUCAACGUGUGGUCAGUCAACUUGUUACAAAAUAGACAAACUUGACAAACGAACUUGA